AUGUCUGAAGCAUGCUGUACCUGCGCUGCGCUCCUAUCCUCUAUUCCCCCAACGUACGAUGAGAAGACCGAGAAGCCGUCGCAGUUCGAGCGCAGACUCGACUGCUGCGGGCGUGCCAUAUGCGCCAGAUGCUUGACGGAUAAUCCUAGAUUUCAAAACUACUGUCCAUACUGCCAGAUAGCGACAGGGCCCUCAGCACUACCACCGCAAGGUCUCCGCGACCCACCUACGUAUUCGCCACCGGGCGAGCAAGUCGACGACGAACUACCACCAUAUUCAGUAGGCAACGCACUGCAACCACCAUCUGAGAAGUCGAGGACAGACGCCGAAGACGCGCCUGAUGUUCUACACUUUGUUGACCAGAACAACGACUCGAUCUUAUCGCUAUCGCUCCGAUAUGGUGUACCCGCCGACGCCUUACGCCGAACGAACAACUUGUACGCGGAUCAUCUACUAGCGGCGCGCAGGACGGUACUCAUACCGGGAGAGUUCUACAAAGGUGGGGUUAGUCUAAGCCCGAGGCCAUUAGAGGGCGAAGAGGAAGAGAUCAAAAAGACAAAGCUACGGAAGUUUAUGGUCAAAUGCAAGGUUGCAGAAUACGACGUUGCACUCCUCUACCUCGAACAAGCCAGCUACAACCUCGAACAGGCGAUCACUGCGUACAAGGCCGACGAAGAUUGGGAGAAGACGCAUUCUCUAGAGGCUGCGAAGAAGGGCAAGGCGAAAGAGUCGCAAAGCUCAGGGCGGCGGAAGUGGGGCUUUGGAGGCCUCACAGGUCAACUUUGA